GGAAAAUUCAGGUUUCAGUUGCUGAUCGCGUGGGUCUGGGAAUAAAAACUGCGAUUUUGGGUCUAGAAGAAAGAAGAGAUCGCCGCCGCCGCCGCCGUCGUCUUCGUGUGGGUGUCUCGUCCAUCUCUGCUCGUCUUCGCGGGAACAAGUGGGUAUAUCUGUCAUCACCAAAAUCCACUAGACUUUAGUGAAGCGCGUAUAUAUAGGUCUCCUUAGGAUUGUCUACAUGGAAAAAGGAAAAGAACACUCAUCUCCGCUAACACCAUCUAGCUCAAAUCUUCCAAGCGCAGACAUACCAAAAACUGCUCCAAGUUCGACAUGCAUACAAGGUUGGCAUGGACCAAUGCCUGCAUGUUCACCGGCUUUUAUGCCAUAUCUAGAUGGCAACCAACAUCCAAGCAACAUUCAGUAUGGGAUGGGACCUCUGAUACCUCUUGUCAAUACAAGCUCUGCAACGAGCUCAAGAGUUCAUAUGGAGGAUACACCCGAUUGUAGGAAAACUAAAGCGUCAUGUAUUUCUUCUAGAGUUGAUGAGGAAAGUAAAGAAGAUGGACCAGAGGCACGGGAAACCCAGGAUAGCAGUGCUGGGACACCUAAUCAUGUCCAAAUGGAUGGUGAUGAUAUGAUUGAAGAGCCAAAGUCGGGGAUGGAGUUUGAUUCUUUUGAAGAAUUAAUGAGCUAUUACAAGCAAUAUGCUAAGAAAUGCGGGUUUGGAGUGAUGACAAAAAGGAGUGAGAGGGGAGAGGACGAGACUGUUAGAUAUAUCACCCUUGCAUGUGCCCGUGGUGGAAAGGCUCGGAAUAGGACGCUGAAUGUCGCCAAACCACGUCCGACAGCAAAGACGGAAUGUAAGGCAAAGAUUAAUGCUUUAAAAGUUGAGGGAAAAGUGCGAUUGACAACAGUUCAUAAUAUCCAUAAUCACUGCCUCAGUCCACAGAAAUCCCGUUUCUUUCGAUGUAAUAGAGAAGUGAGUGAGAUCGUAAAAAGAGUUCUAGAUACAAACGAUUUGGCUAACAUAUGAAUGAAUAAGAGAUUUGAAUCUCUUGUUGUUGGCGCUGGUGGAUUCGAGAACUUUCCGUAUGUGGAAAAGUAUUGUCGUAAUUACAUCGACAAUGCAAGACAUAUAUGACUUGGGAAAGGUGGUGCUGGAGCGCUUCGAGAGCAUUUUGUUAGGAUGUAGUACAAAAAUCCUGGGUUUUUUACAUUGAUGGAUUUAGAUGAUGACGGAAGGUUAAAAAAUGUCUUCUGGGCAGACCCUCGUAGUAGGGCAGCUUACCAAUAUUUCGGUGAUGUGGUCACAUUCGAUACCACAUACCUGACAAAUAGAUAUGAGAUACCCUUUGCACCAUUUGUCGGUGUAAACCACCAUGGGCAGUCAAUUCUGUUGGGAGCAGGAUUGAUUUCUAGUGAGGAUACUAAGACCUUUGUAUGGUUAUUUCAGACCUGGUUACAGUGCAUGGAUGGUGUAGCUCCGAAAGCUAUUAUCACAGAUCAAGACAAAGCGAUGAAAAAUGCAAUUGCUAUUGUCUUUCCAGAAAGCCGACAUAGAUUUUGCCUGUGGCAUAUAUUGAAAAAAGUCCCUGAAAAGCUUGGCUCCCAUAGUUCCUACAAAAGUGGAUUGAAAAAUGCAUUGAUGAAAUGUGUGUAUGACACCCAAACUAUUGAAGAGUUUGAGAAUUGUUGGGACGAGUUAAUCACCACGUACAACUUACAUGAGAAUGCCUGGCUGCAAAGUUUAUUCGCUGAGCGUGAGUAUUGGGUACCGGCAUUCUUGAAAGAGUUUUUUUGGGCUGGCAUAAGUACAACCCAGCGGAGUGAGAGCAUGAAUGCCUUUUUUGACGGUUAUGUGCAUUCUGAAACAACUUUGAAAGAGUUUGUCGACCAAUUUGAUAACACGUUGAAAAAGAAAAUAGAGAAUGAAAAUAGGGCAGACUUUAACUCAUUCAACUCCACAAUUCCCUGCAUAUCUAGAUCUCCAAUAGAAAAGAGAUUUCAAGAAUUGUACACAAAUGCAAAAUUUAGGGAAUUUCAGCAACAACUUACUGGCAUUAUCGAUAUGGAUCCAGCUUUACUUAAGAGGGAUGGUGGAGUAAAGACCUAUCUGGUAGAGGAUGAAGUUCGUGUGGAAGAAUACACUAAGCUGGUUACACAUUCUGUGGACUUUAGUGAGGAAGAUGCAAUUGCAAAGUGUUCAUGUGGGUUAUUUCAAAUGAGGGGGAUAUUAUGUAGACACAUUUUGGCUGUAUUCAAGUGUAACGGGAUAAAAUCAUUGCCAGAUAGGUACAUUUUAGACCGAUGGCGGAAGGACAUCAAAAGGAGAUACAUGUUAAUCCAUAGCAGUUAUGACGCAGGGGGUCAGCGGGCAGAUGCAAAUAGAUAUUCAAGUUUAUUGAAUAUCUGCUAUCAGAUGAUUACUCAUGCAGCGGGUUCAAAAGAGCAUACUGAGGAUGCAACUAAAAAGUUAUAUGAGAUGAUUGACUUAUAUCGUGAUAACCAAUAACCCCCGUCGAUAAUCUUAACGGGUUCUAAUGUUGGUUGUACGACAAAGGACACAAUUACGGUUGGUAGUUCAAAGCAAGUACUUAGUCUAUAUGUUGUGAGAGGGAAAGGCAAACCCUCAUCUUUGAGGAGAGCAUUUAGGGAGAAAGACAUACAAAAAGUUAAAGCGAAGACGAAUAAAACAUCAGUUAAGGGGAAACGUAAACAGGUGCACAUUUUUAAUAUUACAUGUUUAUUUAUAUUUUAUUAAUGCAAAUAUGCCUAAUGUGUUUUGUUAUUUGUUACUUGAUUAUUAGCGAGAUGCAUGAAUACACUAGUCGUGGGAUACUUGAAGAAAUUAAUUGGCCAUUCAGAGAUAGAUAUGUCCAAUGUUGGUAGCGUGUAGGUAUAUUAACACUUAUAUAUUUAUAUUUGAUCAACAAUAUUCUCUCGUUUUCUGACGAGUAUUUAAUAUUUAUCACCAGUCUGUUCUAGACAGCUUAGCUUUUGACAUCAAUGGAAUCUAGCUCCAAGAAACAGUGAUUGUGAGUCAAGAAAGUGUAAGUUCAAAUUUAAAGUAUUUGAAUAGUAAUAUCGAUAUCAUCAUUCAUAUUUGAAUAUUAUUCGUUACAGAUGUAAUUUGGAUUGGAUGGAUCACAACCGGCGCAAUGAGAUAGUUUAAUUUUAAUUUUUCAAAAAUUAUUUGCGUGCAUUGAAUUUAAUUCAUGGACACAUGAUAGAACACAUUUUUGUGUAUUGUGUAUUGGAACUUCAAAAGCUAUUGGAACCAAUGGGUGUAUUAUAUUGGACAAUUAUUUGUAUUUUUGGAUGGAUAGCUUUUCAUUUGUAGUUAUUUUUCGAUGGUAUGAGACUUUUUUAUAUGUGGAAA